ACUAAAUACCGCCGACAACGGAAGAGAACGUGGGCAUAUGUUAUAGCUGCAGAAAACCCGCUUGAAUAUUUGUCCCGUAUAUUGAAGAGUUUGGUUCAAAUAACUGAACAAGAGGAAAUGGAAAUCUCAUUCACUACUUCGAUCCGCAAGGGUAAAGGUCUUAUAGAUGAGAAUGGGAAAUUCAAGGGAAAAGCUCCGCGAAAUUUCGCACUCUAAUUCCUCACAGCCACCUUUGGAUCUCUUCAAGAAAAUCAUAUGUAUGAAUUCUCCAGUUUCUUCUAUAUUAAAUGAGAUGCAAAUUUCUGUGAGCCGUGGAGAAAUUUUUCUGGCCGGUCAGUGAGGUAUUGAUCUGGUUUUCGAUUCCAAAAGAAGGUCCCUUUUUUCUCAUCUUUUUUCUCUUCGGUCAGUGAGGUAUUGGAUUUUCGUGAUUAUUCUAAUUUGGUUUCUGAGGUGAUUGGAAAUGGAAAAGAGGGCAGUGUACGAGUUCCAGGGACGAAAGGGGACUGUGCUGAGGGCAGGUGGAAAACAGCAUGUUCUUGUGGGGAGGAAGUGGGGCUAGCUGGAGAAAAGGCUGGAUUUUUAUUGAUGUGAGGGUAGUUAAAUAACAUGGAAUUCAAUAUUUUUCUUAAAAUUUAUUUUUCAGGUUUCUCUAUUUAGAGAAGAAAUAAGAAUUGACACCAAGGUUUUGGAUGGAUACCACAAUCGCAACAAGAAUGUUUUCUCUCCUAAAACGUGGCACAAAUGUUGAAUUACUUAAACAAAUCCAAGCCAUACACCAAAAGAUAAUUUCUUUUGGCUUACAAAACAAAAUUGCUGUAUGCAAAAAUCUCAUCAACCAUUAUAUUUCAUGUCAGGAAUAUAAGUCAGCGAAGCUGGUUUUUCAGAAUAUUGAAAAUCCAUUGGACAUCACAUUAUGGAAUGGCCUAAUUUCAGUAUACACAAAGAAUCUUAUGUUCAAUGAAGCUAUUGAGUUGUUUGAAGAUUUGUUGCGGUUCCCGUAUUUGAAACCAGAUAGUUACACAUAUCCAAGUGUGUUGAAGGCUUGUGGUGGAUUAAGGAGAGUAGAAUAUGGGAACAAGGUCCAUGUCAAUUUGAUAAAAACAGGGCUUUUAUCAGAUGUUGUUGUCGCUAGCUCUUUGAUAAGUGUGUAUGCAAAGUCUGGAGGGUUUGGAUUAGCUGUAAAGGUGUUUGAUGAAAUGCUUGAAAAAGAUGUGGCUAGUUGGAAUAAUGUGAUUUCUUGCUAUUAUCAAAGUGGUCAGUACGAGAAAGCAUUGGGUUAUUUUGAGAGGAUGAAAAAAUCGGGGUAUAGGCCCGAUUCUGUCUCCUUCACGACAGCUAUUUCAUCUUGUGCGAGGCUUUUGGAUAUGGAAAGGGGGAAGAGAAUCCAUGAAGAAGUGGUGAUGGGUGGGCUUGUAUUGGAUGGUUUUGUGAAAGCUGCUCUUGUGGAUAUGUAUGGGAAGUGUGGUUGCUUAGAGAGGGCUAAAGAGGUGUUCGACAAAAUCGGGAAUAAGAGCUUGGUUUCUUGGAAUGCAAUGAUUGGAGGUUACAGUUUAAGGGGGGAUAGUGCCUCGUGCAUUAAACUUUUAGUGCGGAUGAAUCAAGAGAAAAUAAGGCCUAGUUCAACGACAAUAACCAGCUUGUUAGGGGCUUGUGCUACAUCAACUCAACUGAGACAAGGAAAAUUUGUUCAUGGUUAUAUUAUAAGAAAUAAUAUAAUAUCUGAUAUUUUCACGUACAGCUCACUAAUUGAUUUGUACUUCAAGUGUGGAAGUGUUGUACUAGCUGAAGAAGUCUUUCGAAUGACACCAAAAAACAAUGUAGUUGCUUGGAAUGUAAUGAUUUCCGGUUAUGUAUCAACAGGUUGUUACGUUGAAUCUCUUGGCAUAUACGAUGACUUAAGGGAAGCAGGUAUAAAACCUGAUGCUAUAACAUUCACCAGUGCAUUGGCAGCUUGCUCACAGUUGGCUGCCUUGGAAAGGGGCAAAGAGUUACAUAAUUGCAUUGUCGAAAGUAAGUUGGAUUCCAACGAAAUUGUAAUGGGGGCACUUCUCGAUAUGUAUGCAAAAUGUGGUGCUAUAAAUGAGGCUCAAGGUGUAUUUAAUCAUUUGUCUACAAUUGAUUUAGUGUCAUGGACUUCAAUGAUCGUAGCUUACGGAUCUCAUGGUCAAGCAUUUGAAGCUUUGAAACUUUUUGAUAAAAUGUUAAAAUCUAAUAUGAAACCAGAUAGGAUUACCUUCCUUGCUGUAAUUUCUGCUUGUAGUCAUGCAGGAUUAGUUGACGAGGGGCACCAUUAUUUUAAUUUAAUGGUAAAUAAUUAUGGUAUCCAACCUGCAAUUGCAGAGUACUCAUGUCUUAUAGAUCUUCUAGGACGUGCUGGGAGAUUAUAUGAAGCUUACGAUAUUCUUCAGAGAACUCAUUAUAUCAGAGAGGAUGUUGAUUUAUUGAGCACACUGUUUUCUGCAUGCCAUUUGCAUGGGGAAUUAAAAUUAGGGGAGGAAAUUGCAAAACUUCUAAUUGAGAAGGAUCCAGAUGAUCCAUCAACAUAUAUCGUUUUGGAAAAGAUGUAUGCUUCUACCAAGAAAUGGGAUGAGGCACGCAAGGUGAGAUUGCAGAUGAAAGAUUUAGGGUUGAGAAAGAAUCCUGGUUGCAGCUGGAUUGAAGUCGACAGAAGUAUCCGAUACUUCUUAGCUGAAGACAAGACAUUUUCACAAGCUGAAUUAGUUUAUGACUGUCUGUCUUUGCUACACUUUCAAAUGGAGAAGGACGAAGUAGCAGUGAAUGCAGCUCUGUGAUUGAACAAAACGUCUGAUUUUGGAGCCUUGAUCUUUUAUAAAUGUGCAAGGAGCACCUCUAUAAUAUAGGCUCUGGAAUACCUCGGAAAAAGUCACGGAAUACGGAGAACAAUGGACCUAGCAAGAAAGCGUGCUAAUCUUGCUUCUGCUGCAAUUGGUUCCCUUCCUCAAAAUGAUUACGAGGGUGUUCAAAGAUCAAGGCGGGCAUUUGUAGAAUUAACGCUCAGAGUUUUCACUAGAACAUCAUGAAGAUGUACGAAUAGAUCCCAGGUUCAAACUUAUUCAACAGCUGUAGAAAAUUUUUGUUCAUUUCUUUAGGCAAUGUUUCUGUAUCAUGGGGACAACAUUCCCUAUUUUAAUUCAUCAUUAUUUCAUCAAUUCUAGUUUUUCGCUGUUAAUAAUUCUGAAAAGGUAUGCUAUUUUGCAUGUAAUCAUUUAAUGGCAACUCACAUGUAGAUUAUUAAUACAUACACAAAUUAUGAGGUUUUAGA